UGACAAAAGAUGCUUGAGAUCAUAUAAGAGGCAAAAAAUACUCAAGCAUGAGAGCAUACAUGACCAAAUAAAGCAAGUCAUUUCUGCUGAGUGAACACUGAUCUCUCUAUAUAAGAAGGGAGGCUGGACACCCCCAAGGACUGACAGACACAAGUCAAGAACCCUCAUUAGAUCAUCAAUAUUUCUUUCAUCUGAGGGGAGGGAGAAAGUAAAGGGUCACCAUGGAUGGGGAAAUGGAAUGUUUUGGCCCGGCGGCCAUUUACCUCCGGAAGCCAGAACGAGAGAGAAUUGAAGCUCAAAACACUCCUUUUGAUGCUAAAACUGCGUACUUUGUGAGCGAGCCCACAGAGAUGUACCUGAAGGGGAAACUUAUUAAAAGAGAGGGCGGCAAAGCCACCGUGGAGACCCUCUGUGGAAAGACGCUCACUGUGAAAGACGAUGCCAUCUUCCCCAUGAACCCUCCAAAGUACGAUAAGAUUGAGGACAUGGCCAUGAUGACCCACCUCAGUGAGCCUUCUGUGCUGUAUAACCUCAAAGAGCGCUAUGCAGCAUGGAUGAUCUACACCUACUCGGGACUGUUCUGCGUCACUGUGAACCCCUACAAGUGGCUCCCAGUGUACGACUCAGUGGUUGUCUCAGGAUACAGAGGCAAAAAGAGGAUUGAGGCUCCACCCCACAUCUUCUCCAUCUCUGAUAACGCCUAUCAGUUCAUGCUCACUGACCGUGAGAAUCAGUCUAUCCUUAUCACUGGAGAAUCUGGUGCUGGAAAGACUGUCAACACCAAACGUGUCAUCCAGUACUUUGCAACAAUUGCAGUGUCUGGACCAAAGAAACAGGAGCAGACUGGAAAAAUUCAGGGGUCGCUGGAAGAUCAAAUCAUUGCAGCCAAUCCCCUGCUGGAGGCUUAUGGUAAUGCCAAAACUGUGAGGAAUGACAACUCAUCCCGCUUUGGUAAAUUCAUCAGAAUCCAUUUUGGUACAACUGGGAAGCUGGCCUCCGCAGACAUUGAAACAUAUCUGCUGGAGAAGUCUCGGGUGACGUUUCAGCUGUCUGCUGAGAGGAGCUACCACAUCUUCUAUCAGCUCAUGACAGGCCACAAACCUGAGCUGAUAGAGGCCCUCCUCAUCACCACCAAUCCGUAUGACUAUCCCAUGAUCAGUCAGGGUGAAAUCACUGUCAAGAGUAUUGAUGACGUUGAGGAGUUCAUAGCCACUGAUACUGCUAUUGACAUCCUGGGCUUCACCGCUGAAGAGAAGGCGAGCAUCUACAAGCUGACUGGAGCUGUGAUGCAACAUGGAGCAAUGAAGUUCAAGCAGAAGCAGCGUGAAGAGCAGGCUGAGCCCGAUGGCAAUGAGGUUGCCGAUAAAAUUGCUUACCUCAUGGGCCUGAACUCAGCUGAUUUACUAAAGGCAUUGUGCUACCCGAGGGUGAAAGUUGGAAAUGAGUUUGUGACUAAGGGCCAGACUGUUCCUCAGGUCAACAAUUCCGUCUCGGCACUCUGCAAGUCUGUCUAUGAGAAAAUGUUCUUGUGGAUGGUCGUCAGAAUUAAUGAGAUGCUGGAUACCAAACAGGCAAGACAGUUCUUCAUCGGUGUCCUGGAUAUUGCUGGAUUUGAAAUUUUUGAUUUCAACAGCUUGGAGCAGCUGUGCAUCAACUUCACCAAUGAAAAACUGCAACAGUUUUUCAACCACCACAUGUUUGUCCUGGAGCAAGAAGAGUACAAGAAAGAGGGAAUUGAAUGGGAGUUCAUUGAUUUUGGUAUGGACCUGGCUGCCUGCAUUGAGCUGAUUGAGAAGCCAAUGGGCAUCUUCUCCAUCCUUGAAGAGGAGUGCAUGUUCCCCAAAGCAUCAGACAUCACCUUCAAGAACAAAUUAUAUGACCAGCAUCUUGGUAAAACCAAGGCUUUUGAGAAGCCAAAGCCUGCCAAAGGGAAAGCUGAGGCUCACUUUGCUCUGGUGCACUAUGCCGGCACUGUUGAUUAUAACAUCAACGGGUGGCUCGACAAAAACAAAGACCCCCUGAACGACUCAGUGGUUCAGCUCUACCAGAAGUCUGCAGUCAAACUGUUGGCUCACCUCUAUGCAUCACAUGCCUCAACAGAAGCUGAAGGUGGCUCAAAGAAAGGUGGCAAGAAGAAGGGUGGUUCCUUCCAGACUGUGUCUGCAUUGUUCAGGGAGAAUUUGGGCAAGCUGAUGACAAAUUUGAGGAGCACACAUCCUCAUUUUGUGCGCUGCCUGAUUCCCAAUGAAUCAAAGACACCAGGUCUCAUGCAGAACUUCCUGGUCAUCCACCAGCUGAGGUGUAACGGUGUGCUGGAAGGUAUCAGGAUCUGUAGGAAAGGUUUCCCCAGCAGAAUCCUCUACGGUGACUUCAAGCAGAGAUAUAAAGUAUUGAAUGCCAGUGUCAUCCCAGAAGGCCAAUUCAUCGACAACAAGAAGGCCUCAGAGAAACUGCUGGGAUCCAUCGAUGUGGACCAGACUCAGUACAAGUUUGGCCACACCAAGGUGUUCUUCAAAGCCGGUCUGAUUGGAGUUCUGGAGGAGAUGAGAGAUGAUAAACUUGCUAAACUGGUCACAAUGACUCAGGCUCUCUGCAGAGGUUUCCUCAUGAGGACAGAGUUUGUCAAGAUGAUGGAGAGGAGAGAGGCCAUUUUCUCCAUCCAGUAUAACAUCCGCUCAUUCAUGAAUGUCAAAACCUGGCCAUGGAUGAAGCUGUACUUCAAGAUUAAGCCUCUGCUGAAGAGUGCAGAGACUGAAAAAGAGAUGGCCCAAAUGAAAGAGGACUUUGGAAAGAUGAAAGAAGAUCUGACAAAGGCUCUGGCUAAGAAGAAAGAACUGGAGGAGAAGAUGGUUUCUCUGCUGCAGGAGAAGAAUGACUUGAUGCUACAAAUUCAGUCUGAGGGUGAAAACCUCAGCGAUGCGGAGGAAAGGUGUGAAGGGCUCAUUAAAGCCAAAAUCCAGCUUGAGGCCAAACUCAAAGAGACGUCUGAGAGACUGGAGGAUGAGGAGGAAAUGAAUGCUGAGCUGACUGCAAAGAAGAGGAAGCUGGAGGACGAGUGCUCUGAGUUGAAGAAAGACAUUGAUGACUUGGAGCUCACCCUGGCCAAAGUGGAAAAGGAGAAACAUGCCACUGAGAACAAGGUUAAAAACCUGGUUGAGGAAAUGUCAUCUCAAGAUGAGACCAUUGCUAAGUUGACCAAAGAGAAGAAAGCCCUCCAAGAGGCCCAUCAGCAGACCCUUGAUGAUCUCCAGGCAGAGGAAGACAAAGUCAACACUCUGUCCAAGGCUAAAGUCAAGUUGGAACAGCAAGUGGACGAUCUGGAAGGUUCUUUAGAGCAAGAAAAGAAGCUGCGUAUGGAUCUUGAGCGAGCGAAAAGGAAGCUUGAAGGAGAUCUGAAACUGGCCCAGGAAUCCAUAAUGGAUCUAGAGAAUGACAAGCAACAGUCUGAUGAGAAAAUAAAGAAGAAGGACUUUGAGAUAAGCCAGCUCCUCGGUAAGAUUGAGGAUGAGCAGUCUCUUGGAACCCAGCUACAGAAAAAGAUUAAGGAACUGCAGGCUCGUAUUGAGGAGUUGGAGGAAGAGAUUGAGGCUGAGCGGGCUGCUCGGGCCAAGGUGGAGAAGCAGAGGUCUGAUCUCUCCAGGGAACUUGAGGAGAUCAGCGAGAGGCUUGAAGAAGCUGGUGGAGCAACGUCUGCUCAGAUCGAGAUGAACAAGAAGCGUGAGGCCGAGUUUCAGAAGCUGCGCCGUGACCUGGAAGAGUCCACCCUGCAGCAUGAGGCCACCGCUGCAGCUCUGCGCAAGAAGCAGGCUGACAGUGUGGCAGAGCUGGGAGAACAGAUUGACAACCUCCAGAGAGUCAAACAGAAGCUGGAGAAAGAGAAAAGUGAAUACAAGAUGGAGAUCGAUGAUCUCAGCAGCAAUAUGGAGUCUGUCGCCAAAUCAAAGACAAACCUUGAGAAGCUGUGCAGGACAUUAGAAGAUCAAUUGAGUGAGCUAAAAUCCAAGAAUGAUGAAAAUGUUCGUCAGCUAAACGACCAAAGUGCACAGAAAGCAAGACUUCAAACUGAAAAUGGUGAAUAUUCGCGUCAGCUGGAGGAGAAAGAAGCUCUUAUUUCUCAACUGACAAGAGCCAAGCAGGCUUACACUCAGCAGAUUGAGGAGCUGAAGAGGCACAUAGAGGAGGAAGUUAAGGCCAAGAACGCCCUGGCUCAUGCUGUUCAGUCAGCUCGUCAUGACUGCGACCUGCUCAGAGAGCAGUAUGAGGAGGAGCUGGAGGCCAAAUCGGAGCUGCAGCGUGGAAUGUCCAAGGCCAACAGCGAGGUGGCUCAGUGGAGAGCCAAAUACGAGACGGAUGCCAUUCAGCGCACUGAGGAGCUAGAGGAGGCUAAGAAAAAACUUGCCCAGCGUCUUCAGGAUGCAGAGGAAUCCAUUGAGGCUGUGAAUGCAAAAUGUGCUUCUCUGGAAAAGACAAAACAGAGACUGCAUGGGGAAGUGGAAGACCUGAUGAUCGAUGUGGAGAGAGCUAAUGCUCUAGCUGCUAACCUUGACAAGAAACAAAGGAACUUUGACAAGGUUCUUGCAGAGUGGAAACAGAAGUAUGAGGAAAGCCAGGCAGAGCUUGAAGGAGCUCAGAAGGAGACUCGGUCAUUAAGCACUGAGAUGUUUAAAUUAAAAAACUCCUAUGAAGAAGCCCUGGACCAGCUGGAGACCCUGAAGAGAGAGAACAAGAACCUGCAGCAGGAGAUCUCAGACUUGAGUGAGCAACUUGGUGACACCGGUAAGGCGAUUCAUGAGCUUGAGAAGGGAAAGAAGACAGUGGAAAGUGAGAAGUCAGAGAUCCAGACUGCUUUGGAGGAGGCAGAGGCUACCCUGGAGCAUGAGGAAUCCAAGAUUAUGCGUGUUCAGCUUGAGCUCACCCAAGUAAAGGGUGAAAUUGACAGAAAACUUGCAGAGAAGGACGAGGAGAUCGAGCAGAUCAAGAGAAACAGCCAGAGAGUGAUUGAGUCCAUGCAGAGCACUUUGGAUGCUGAGGUCAGGAGCAGGAAUGAUGCCCUGAGAAUUAAGAAGAAGAUGGAGGGAGACCUGAAUGAGAUGGAGAUUCAGCUGAGCCACGCCAACCGCCAGUCAGCCGAAGCCCAGAAACAGCUGAGAAACGUGCAGGGACAGCUUAAGGAUGCCCAGCUGCAUCUUGAUGAAGCCAUUAGAGGCCAAGAAGACAUGAAGGAACAGGUUGCCAUGGUGGAGCGCAGGAACAACCUGAUGCUGGCUGAGAUUGAGGAGCUGAGAUCUGCUCUGGAGCAGACGGAGAGAGGCCGCAAAGUGGCUGAACAGGAGCUGGUAGAUGCCAGCGAGCGUGUGGGACUGCUGCACUCUCAGAAUACCAGCCUCAUCAACACCAAGAAGAAGUUGGAGGCUGAUCUCGUCCAGAUCCAAGGUGAAGUGGAAGAUGCUGUCCAGGAAGCCAGAAAUGCUGAAGAAAAGGCAAAGAAGGCCAUCACUGAUGCGGCCAUGAUGGCAGAAGAGCUGAAGAAGGAGCAGGACACCAGUGCUCAUUUGGAGAGGAUGAAGAAGAACCUGGAGGUGACAGUGAAGGACCUGCAGCACCGCCUGGAUGAAGCUGAGAAUCUGGCCAUGAAGGGCGGCAAGAAGCAGCUUCAGAAACUGGAGGCUCGGGUGCGUGAACUUGAGGCUGAAGUUGAAGCCGAGCAGAGAAGAGGAGGAGAUGCUAUCAAAGGUGUUCGUAAAUAUGAGAGAAGAGUGAAGGAGCUCAGCUAUCAGACCGAGGAGGACAAGAAGAAUAUCACCAGACUUCAGGAUCUGGUUGACAAGCUGCAGCUGAAAGUGAAGGCCUACAAGAGACAGGCUGAGGAGGCUGAGGAGCAGGCCAACACUCACCUGUCCAGGUACAGGAAGGUGCAGCACGAGAUGGAGGAGGCUCAGGAGAGAGCUGACAUCGCCGAGUCUCAGGUCAACAAGCUGAGGGCCAAGAGUCGGGAAAUUGGAAAAGCAAAGGAUGCUGAAGAAUAACCUGCAACCUCUGUGAGAGACACAAAUGAAAAUCAUAAAAUAUGCUUUAUCAUUGAACUGCUCUCACAAAGUAUUGGAGAUCUAUAUUAAAUAAAUGAUGUUGCCAGUA